AUGCUCAACCGUGGCAGAGGUUCCUCAUCUGCCAUUAGGAUAACAAAUGUCAAGUCUAUUAAACCACCAGACCCUGAAGUAGUAAAAAAGCAGGAAGAAGACAAACUAAGGGCACAGUUACAAAAGGAGAUAAUGUCACGUUCCCGAUCUUGCGCCUACCGUGGCUACGCGUGUCACCUACCAGUGUUAAACGGGCGACAACACUGCGCACGUCACAUUCUUCACGAAGUGGGUGCUCCAUACAAACAGUGCUUGCACACUUAUGCUGGUGGACAACGCUGCAAUAAACCAGCUCCUGCAGCAACUGGAUCUCAGUCUAGAGAUGCUGGGUUAUGUUUUGAACACGCACGAGCCGCUCUAUACGCACGGCAACGUAGCGCUGCACCGCCACCGCCCGUGACCACUACUGAAACGUUGCUGAACCAACUUCAGCACUAUGUUCGUCCAGAACGAACGCGAACAACUUCGUGUGCAUCUUCCAUCUCUGUUGUUAGUGAUCCUAUGGAGCAGGAGCAAGUCACGCCCCACGCUGUCGACCCUUUCAAGCAGAUCGAUGCCACGGCAGUGAACGCGGCAUAUUCGUCCUCCAUAAUGGAGUGUGCGAGUGCCAGUGACAGCGACUGCGACAGUGUCACCCUGGGUCCCGAAGGCAACUGUCGGGCUGUUCACGAGGACCAUUUGUCUGAUGCAGAGGAGGCGCCAUGCGAAUUACAACCGCUCUGGCGUGCAGGUGUAUACACUGCAGAAGAAGCAGUGAGCGAAGCCAAAACAGUGUUGAAGUCCCUGCAAUCGGCCUAUAUAAGGCAAAUGGGACAUUUGAGGAUGCUACUCCAGUCUGCUAGACACCAAUACCUGAAGUCUUUGAAGGCUGAAAAAGAACAGUAUUGCAGUAUUAACACACAAGCGCGUAGCGGUCCGCUGACAGUACGCGAGAGAAGACAGCUUCGUAAGUUAAAGGCUUAUGCUGGUUACCACAGGAAACAUGGCGUCGACGCGGUGCUAGCAAGGAAGUUAUAUCACAAGCGAGCUAAGGUGAAUGACACAUCAUCACAUCGUCAUAUACCAUCUCAAGGGCGGUGCACAUUCACAGAGGGAGGAGUGCGCUGCGCUAACCAUGUAUUGCCCGCAGCUAAGCACUGCCUCAAACACAUUCUACAUGACAGGCAUCAAAAGCUGAGAUCACGACCGGUUGAAAACUGCCUAGGAGUACUCGGCUAUUAA